UCGGCCUAGCCAUGGAGUAUAUUAUGAACAGAUGCUCUUGCUCAUCCUUCCAUUGUCCAGACUGAUUAAUAAACAGAGCACCCUCAGAAAAGCGCCAUUGGUCGACCGAUCCAACUUGUCUGAAAGAUGGCAGCAGUGAAUCAUGACGAGGAGGGAGGCCACCGGGUCUCUCGCGCACGUCGCUCGAGCAUGAUCGGGACAUAUGAGCGACUCGGGGAAUUAAGUCCUUUGACCGGCAACACGCAUCCCUCCCCGCAAGAAACGAGCCAUUCUCUGCCCGAGACCACCUCCGAGAGACAGCGAGUGUCGACGACAGAUCGGUCCCUCGAUAAAGAUGCCGGCCUUGCCGACAAGGUUACAGCUCAUCAAAUUGAGGAAAUUGGAGACGGAAACCUACCACCCGGAAAGACCGUCCUAUACCUUGCCUACGGCUCGAACCUAUGCUCGGAGACCUUUCUGGGAAAACGAGGCAUCAAGCCGCUCUCCCAAAUCAACGUCAUCGUCCCAGGCCUGUGGCUUACGUUCGAUCUCCCGGGAAUACCAUACAUGGAACCUUGUUUUGCAGGAACACGAUUGCGCAAGCCGUCAAGCGAGGAGAGUUUAGGCAGGAGUGAAGACAAUAAAUCGGAUGAAAAGGCCGCAUUGGAGAGCUCGCGUCUCAAACAGAAGACCCCGGAUUACAACCCCGACAUGCCCCUUAUCGGUGUUGUCUACGAGGUCACUCUUGCAGACUACGCCCGCAUAAUAGCAACAGAGGGUGGUGGACGCGGAUAUGAAGACAGGGUUGUCGACUGCUACUCGUUCCCCAAGUCGUACGACCCAGCGGACCCUCUCCCUGAGCAUCCGGGCACGAAGCCCUUCAAAGCCCACACGCUUCUAUCUCCCGCCGUCGCCGAGGAUUUCCUGGGAACCACUGGACCAAGAAAACGUACCUUUAUCUCGCGCUUCAGCCCCCUUGUACGCCCGAAUCCAUUCUACGCCCAGCCUUCUGCUCGUUACCUCAACCUAAUCGCCACGGGCGCGGCUGAACAUGACUUUCCAAUCACCUAUCGGAAUUAUCUUGCUGGGAUCCAGCCAUACCGUAUAACCACAUUGCGCCAAAAGAUAGGCAAAAUGGUGUUUGUGGGGUGCUGGGGACCACCGGUAUUCCUUGUUCUACUACUCCAAAGAAUAUUUGCGGGCUCAGAUGGUCGCAGUCCCACAUGGUUGGUGAAAUUUGCAGAUGCUGUUUUCUUCACAUGCUGGCAGUCAUAUGACAAUGUAUUCUGGGGACUCUUUGGUGAUGGUGAAAGGACAAUUGGUGAUAACACUAGACGCUAAUUAUAUCAUGAUCUAAUUAAACUACCUUGGACCCACCGGUCAACAGAUUGGCAGAGGUUUAGUGCAUCAAGCCAGUACAUAAAUUUGGAGUAUUGUAGCAAAUUUGUAGCAAAUUUAUGGAGUUUCCCGCAAUGAGGCCGGACAGCUCUAUAGACCAAAGCUCAAAUAUGAAGCAGACAAAGGAAAUUGUGACAUUGGAGCAACAUU